UACACAUCUUCAACAUUCGUGCAGUGGCGAGGGUGAAGUUGAUCCGAUUCCUUCUCUCUCCCCCUCUCUACUUUUCUCUUUCCUAUUCUGCAUUUCUUGUUUUGAUUCGGAUUUUUUUCGUUGCAAUCUCUCUUAUCUUUUUCAACAAAGCAUUAUUCCAUUACGUCUUCUCUACUCAUAUUUUUUUUUUUUUUUCAAUUGAUAUUAUCUCUCUUCAUCUCUUUAUUCUCUCAACAUUGUCUCUGAACUCGUACCACUGAUCUGCAAUUUCCCUCUAAAAGCAACCAGGAAUGAAGAAGUUUGUGUUGAAGUGUGAUUUGCAUGAUGACAAAGCCAAGCAGAAGGCCUUGAAGACAGUCUCUACUCUUUCAGGAAUCGAUGCUAUCUCGAUGGACAUGAAGGAAAAGAAAUUAACAGUGAUAGGAACCGUUGAUCCUGUAAACGUAGUGAGCAAAUUGCGAAAAUACUGGCCAACGGAUAUUAUCUUAGUUGGGCCAGCAAAAGAGCCGGAGAAGGAGAAGAAAGAGGAGCCUAAGAAGGAAGAACCUAAGAAAGAGGAGGAAGCAAAGAAAGAAGAACCCAAGAAAGAGGAACCACCAAAAGAGGAGGCCAAGAAAGAAGAACCAAAGAAAGAGGAAGAAAAGAAGGAAGAGCCAAAGAAAGAGGCUGCAGCAGCAGCAGCUCCAGCUCCACCACCACCAGACCCAGUUUUAGAGCUAGUUAAGCUUUACAGAGCUUAUAAUCCUCAUAUGACCACAUAUUAUCAUGUUCAAAGCAUCGAAGAAAAUCCAAAUGCUUGUGUUAUAUGUUAAACUUUUUUUAGGCUGUGAAAAGUGAAUUCAAAGACAACUUUCUGAAUUGGUGAUGGAUUUGAAUGUCAUCAAUUUAUGCAUAUAAGAGGCAGGACAACACCCAAGAACAAACUUGUACGUGUAUAUAUAAGUCAUAUGCCUCGUUGUUUUGUUCAUGCAUGAGACCGAUGUAGAGAGAAUAAAUAAAAUUUUGUGUUAUUUGUUUUUCGAUGUA